CCAAUUUUCAACUUACAACUCCAAAAAGAAGUGAAGCACUGAAACAGAGUCUCAACUCACAGCUCAAUUUCUCCGACGCAGCACAACAAAAAUGAAUACGAUCUUCAGUACUCAACUCUCCGAUUCCUCCGAAAAGCCUGAAUCGAGUUCCGACGACACAAGCAUCACGGCUCAAAGCCAGCUGGCUUCCUUCUCCGACGAGGAGGUCAUUUUGGCGUCCAGCCGGCCAAAGAAGCGAGCGGGGAGGAGAGUUUUCAAGGAGACGAGGCACCCGGUUUACAGAGGAGUGAGGAGGAGGAACAACAACAAGUGGGUGUGCGAAAUGAGAGAACCAAACAAGAAGAAGUCGAGGAUAUGGCUCGGAACUUAUCCGACGGCCGAGAUGGCAGCUCGGGCGCAUGACGUGGCGGCAUUGGCCUUUAGAGGGAAGCUUGCCUGCCUCAAUUUUGCAGACUCCGCAUGGCGCCUGCCUGUUCCGGCAUCCAUUGAUUCAGUGGAUAUCAGACGGGCGGCUGCGGAGGCUGCGGAGACGUUCCGGCCAGCGGAGUUUGGCGGAGUGUUGGAAAGCGGCGAUGAUGAGAAGGAGAGCAAGAAAAUGGAGGAGGAGAAGGGUUGUGGAGGCGUGGAGGAAAGUGGAAUCUUGUUUUACUUGGAUGAGGAGGAAAUGUUCGACAUGCCAAGGUUGCUGGAUAGUAUGGCGGAAGGGCUUCUGCUCUCUCCACCUCACUCUUCAGGGGGCUACAUGAACUGGGAUGACGUGGCAAGCAAUGAUGACGUCAGUCUGUGGAGCUUCUCAAUUUGAAUCCAUUUAUCCCUGAGGAAACUUUCGUCCGCUGCCCAAAAAAAGGGACACUUUCGUUAAUUUUUUUAUUUAAUUUUUGCCGCUAGGAAAAAUGGUGUUGGUUGGUUGUGUAUAGGCUUGCAAUUGCGCGGACAAUUCUAGUCCGUAAGACGGUUUCCGUUACAUUUUAGUCUAAUGGAAAUAUUUUGUUCUCCGCC